AUGGCCACCAAGCUGCCAUAUAAGACCACCUUUGAGGUUGAGAAUGUGAUACAGCCGAUCUUCACUGGAGGCUCUGUUGCGCUCGACAAUGGCGCACGAGUCCUAGCGACGACACUUGGCGAGGAUGCUGUUCUGACAGACCUCACCAAUGGGAAACAACUUGCCAAAAUCGAGGGUGAUGGCGAGCCAAUCUCUACUUUGAUCCUUACGCCCUCCGCAUCACACCUCGUCGUCUGCUCGAGAUCCUUGUCAAUGCGGAUAUACUCUCUCAAAGCCUCUGAAGACUCGGAAUCAAUUGAGGCCACCCUUUUGCGAACACUCAAGCCCCACGCAACGCCCGCGGUAGUCCUCGCCGUAGACCGCACGAGUACAUUACUGGCGACCGGCGCUGCAGACGGCAACAUCAAAGUCUGGGACAUAACCGGUGGCUAUGUCACGCACACAUUUCGUGGCCCUAGUGUCCUGGUAUCCGCGUUACGAUUCUUCGAGGUUGCCGCUGGGGACAUCGCCGACGAGUCAAGCCGUGGCAAGAAGAAGAAGGGGCGAAAGGCUGAGGAGAAUGAGGGUCAAGAUGGAGACCCUGCGACCGUGAACUUCCGGCUCGCCUCGGGGAGUCAAGAUGGAAAGGUCCGCGUGUGGGACCUGCACAAGCGAAGCGUGGUCGCAGACCUCGAAUCACACACCUCAGACGUACAAGCGAUCGAUUACUCUCCGACACAGCACUCCUUAGUAACUGCCAGCCGUGACAAGACUUUGAUUUGGUGGGACUCCCGGUCAUGGAAGAGCCGGAAGGUUGUUCCAAGCUUUGAGAUGGUUGAAGCUGCCGGGUUUGUGGGUGAUGGUCGCUUGACAUAUACUGCAGGGUCCAAUGGCUGCAUCAGGUUAUGGGAGAGCUCUACGGGGCGCGAGGUCACCAAAGAACAGAGCCCCAAGGCCGAGGGUGAGGCGGUUGUUAGCGCAGUAUACUGUGCCGAACAGUCUCUUCUCGUUUCAGUUCAGCUGGAUCAUACCCUGGCCCUAUACCACCUCCCGGUUGUGGAUAACAAAUCGGCCCUUUCCGAUCUUGCACCUCUCGAGCCACUACGGCGCAUCUCAGGGACCCACGACGACAUCAUAGACCUUGCCUAUCUCCUUCCCGAUCAGUCAUUGUUAGCUCUUGCGACGAACUCGGAAGAUGUCCGGAUUGUCUCUGCACGAGACUCAACCUCAAAUAGUCUCGAAACGGAGUCUGUUUACUUCGGACAGGAUGUCGCGCUUCUCAAGGGUCACGACGACAUUGUCAUCUCACUGGACGUGGAUUGGUCAGGACACUGGGUGGCUACCGGGGCUAAAGACAACACUGCACGGCUUUGGCGGGUUGAUCCGGCCAACAACGCCUUCAGCUGCUAUGCCGUAUUCGCGGGUCAUGCCGAGUCGUUGGGUGCUGUUGCUCUGCCAAAGACUGUCCCGGCCGAGUCCUCGCCAACUUUCAGCGACCCGCUCAACAACCCGCCUCCAUUCCUGAUUACCGGCUCUCAAGAUCAGACUAUCAAGAGAUGGGAGAUCCCUCGACAAGCACAGACGUCCAAGAAGGGCUCCAGAGCGGUUUUCACGCGCAAAGCCCACGAAAAGGACAUCAAUGCCAUCGACAUCAACCUGACCGGCCAGCUUUUCGCCUCCGCGUCGCAGGAUCGCACCGUCAAGAUCUGGUCUGUACAAGAAGGUGAAGUCCAAGGCAUUCUCAAGGGCCACCGCAGAGGUGUCUGGUCCGUCCGAUUCGCCCACCCCAGCACGCCGGUCAUCCAGGGCGAAGAGGGCCCCGUCGCCGGCAAGGGCGUCGUACUCACCGGCAGCGGUGACAAGACCGUCAAGCUCUGGAGCCUGCACGACUACACGUGCCUGCGCACCUUUGAAGGCCAUUCCAACAGCGUCCUGAAGGUCGCCUGGCUCAACCUGCCCGGCGAGGCCGACAAGCAGCGGCACGUCCAGUUUGUGAGCGCCGGCGGCGACGGCCUCGUCAAGGUCUGGGACGCCAGCUCGGGCGAGACGGAGUGCACGCUCGACAACCACGAGGACCGCGUCUGGGCCGUGGCCGUGCACCCGCGCGACAACACCAUCGUCUCGGGCAGCGGCGACUCGACCGUCUCCUUCUGGCGCGACACGUCGUCGGCCACGCAGCAGGCCGCGUCCGAGGCGGCGCUGCGCCUCAUCGAGCAGGAGCAGGAGCUCGAGAACCACAUGCGCGCGGGCUCCUACCGCGAGGCCAUCACCCUCGCCCUCCAGCUCAACCACCCGGGCCGCCUGCUCUCGCUCUUCACCGCAGUCGUCACCUCGCCCCGGGGCCCGGAGCCGGGCAGCCUCUGCGGCCUGCGCGCCGUCGACGACGUCCUGCGCUCCCUGUCGGACGACCAGCUCUUCCUGCUGCUCCUGCGCCUGCGCGACUGGAACACCAACGCCCGCACCGCGCCCGUCGCCCAGCGCGUCCUCUGGGCCCUCGUGCGCAGCUACCCGGCCUCCAAGCUCUCGAGCCUGAGGCCGGCUAAAGGCGGCGGCCACGGCCAGGGCCAGCAGCGCAGCGUGGGCGAGGUGCUGUCGGCGCUCAGGGCCUACACGGAGCGGCACUACAAGCGCAUGGAGGAGCUCGUCGACGAGAGCUACCUCGUCGAGUACACGCUGCAGGAGAUGGACGCGCUGGCCCCGGCCCUGGGAGGUCCUGCGGCGGGCAGCGGGGAUGUCGAUGUCAUCAUGGCAGAGUGA